GUUGAGUGGCUGAGAGGCCUGCAGGGGUUCGAGUGGAUCUUCAUGCUCUCUGUCAGCGGGACCUCAUGGACGACGGACAGUGGCAGAGCGACGGCCCAGUGAGGCGGGGAGGAGUAACCGACCCUGACCUCCUAAAUGACUCUGACUCCAGCCGCAGCCCAGACGAAAACCAGGACCGACUGGUGGAGGAAGCGGAGGAGGUCGAACAGGGGCCCCGUGGUGGACAGAGGCCCCUCCGACAGGAUAAUACUAAUAACAACGGUGAUGACGAAGAUUAUGAUAGCUCCAAGGUAGAGGACGAGGAAGACGAGGAGGAGGAAGAGGUGGAUAGUAACAGUGGCGCAUACUCUCCAGAGCUGGAUGGACACAUCCGAGACUCACCAACACCCAGCCCCAGUCCCACAGUGUCAGAGGGGCUUGUGAGCCCUGAAGGGACGCCUCACGGUGAUGCUGGAUCACCCCAGGGCUUCGCUCGCUCCCUGGUGGCGUCUCUCCAGGAGCUGGGGGAGCAGGGAGACCACCCUCUUCUGCCACAGUGCCUCCAUCAGAUUGCAGAGUCAUAUGUGCGUGAGGAGGACUAUGAGAGAGCAGUCAGGUUCAUACAGUUAGAGAGACUCUAUCACGAACGUCUGCUGUCUAACCUUGCCGCCCUACAGCAGCAGUGGGAGAGGAGAUGGAGUUUGGUUGGCCAGUGUCAGGACGGUCCAGAAGACAGAGACGGUGACCUGGAUGCUGAACACCUGGAGAAACUGAGACACAUCUGCAGAACGCACAGACAACCUGCAUGGAGCGUUGAGAAAUGUGAGCUGUCCAAAGUGCAAAGGAACAGUGUGAUCAGAGAAACACAGGGAGGAGAGCAAAACCUGAACACGCAAGAGCUUUCAUGCAGCUCAGGGAAGGCUAUGGAGGAUCAGAGUACAUGUGAGGCACAACAGGAAGUCAUCCAGCCUGACGAUUGUAGCAGCACUGCCCCACAAUCCCUCCAGAGCGAACAGCAGCAUGACCCCUCCCCCUCCUCGGCAGUGACAGACAGCUCCUCCUCUCCAGCCUGUGAGGAUGCAGGAGCAGAAGAGGAGAGCGGGAGUGUGGCAGCUUCCCACAGGGAUGCCGCACCAGAGCCCCAGUCACCAAUAGACGCUGCUCAACCCCACAACACAGAGGCCCAGCCGCCUCAGACGGACACUGAUGGCCCCGGAGUGGUGAUGGAGGGAACGGGGGACACUGUGGAUACGGAGCAGGAUGAGGUGGAGCCCGUCCCACACACUAAGCAGGUUCCUCUGGAGCAGGACGUUCCAGAGAAAACACUAGAGUUGGAGCUAGAGGAGAACGGGAACGGAGUGGAGUCGCUGGAUAUUAUGAAUGUGUCCAUGCUGGAUGACAUGGCCAAACGCAUACAGGUGGAAGAGGUGGAUUUAGAAGCUGCUAGCAUCACUAUGAUAUCAUCCAGUGAGGUCAUAGUGAUGUCAUCUCGCAUCGGAAACCCUUAUCAUCUCUUUAACUGCAGUGUUGUCACUGACUUACAGGAAUAUUCUAGGUUCAAUACAAGAUAA